CCAAGCUUCAGGCAACCGCAAUAGCAAAAGCAUAAAUCACAACUAACAUACAGAACUCAAGGCAACAAUCUCAACAUGGCCACCACCGAAGCUACUCCCGUAGGAAUCGUGAAAGCGGAAAGGACCUGCUGCCCAUACAAAGACUUGGUCAAAGAAUGGACCUUCCCUUUGAAACCGUUGCAUGACUUCGAACUCAACGGUGAAGUCGCGCAAUACGCUCCUGGGCAUCCAAGGCAAUGGGGAGACGAGACACAUUGGCUCAAUUUCCAGCACGCAAUCAGAGAUGGACAGCCCGAGUCCCCAUACGAAAGUUACUACGCUGCUAUCAGCCCUGACCACAAACUGCUCGCCAUAACUUCAACACACGAGCGCAUUCUUGUCUAUAAUAUCGAAUCGCAGGAGUUGUGCCAGGUGGUCGAUGGCGUAGGUUAUUUGGUCUUCGCUCCCCUGAGGCAACCAACCGAAAGGAAGAGUGCUGAAGGUGAAACCGCCAGGCCACCAACGCCAGUCUAUGCUCUUAUCUGCAGUGCAUCAGACGAGGGCAGAAGAACUGGAGUAGAUAAUCAGCUCGUUGCUUGGGAGUUUGAUGAACAGGGGCGUCUGCUGGAUCAAGAAGAACCAAUUGAUGCGUCCGCAUUCGCAGCGCAAGCCAUCGAUGCAAUCCUCCCGGAUCUCACAAGGAAACACGAGUGGUCCAAGGACUUUGUCAAAGCAUCAUUGUUGCACACAGACUUCGCGAAAGCACUGAAGAAUGUGGCCACAACCCAUCGCCGUCGACACAACACAGUCUUUGACGAUGCCGAGCUUGGCGGAUUUGGCUCUACGUCUUUCAGCAGCGAUGCAAAAUUGUUUCUGUAUCACACACAGAACAAAUCGACUCAAUCAGGCAUGAGAGAUCCCGACGAUCUCCCACGCGUCAUCGUGAUGGACGUCAUAAAUGGCAAGGAGCUGCAUCGUCUUUCGGGUCACACGGAUGCUAUCAUGUGGUCUGCGAUCAGUCCCAAUGAAGAGCAUAUAGCUUCCGUAGCCUGGGAUGGGACAUUACGCAUGUACUCCGCGGCAACCGGCGAGCUCGAAUGGGUCACUACUGGAGGUGGCCAAGCUUGGACUGGUGCAUUCUCCGCUGAUUCGAAGCACAUAGUCUGGAGUACCGGAAAUGGACAAGCUCUCUUCGUCCACGAUGCGCAAAGCGGUCAGGGAAGAGCUAGCUUUCCGGAGGGCUUUGAUUUUCGAGACUGGUGCCGCAGCCUUGCGUGGCACCCAGACGGGCAACAAAUUGCGCUCUGCACCGGAAAGCACGCGUACGUUUGGCGCCCAUUUGACGGCACACAAGGCACAAUCACACAGCACUACCAGAUCGAAGACGACAAGAACCGGGGCUGCACCAGUGUCGAACAUAUCAACUGGCUGGAUGACGGACGCCUCCUCCAUCUGUACUUCUCUGACGGCACGAAUCUUGUCUACGAUACCCAGCGUAAUUCGAAAGAACUGUUCAUGCACCCGAAGGAUGUUGAUAGUGUGUGGGUGAGCAAUGGGUUCCAUGGAAACAUCAAGAUCACUGGCAUUCGGGACGGCUAUGUUAGCGUCGACGGUGAUGGUAAGGUAAGAUACUGGUCGUCUGGCAUCGUGAUCCAGAACUCCUGGUGGGAGAACGCGCCGGAGAAGGAAGAGCAAGAGACUUCGAGCAAAAAGAAGACGCCUUUCCCAGAGACGGGGAAGUAUGUCAUGGUCACCAGACGAUCAGAGAAAGGUAAGACUGAGCAGCGGAACGAGACUGUCGGCGAGACCUCUUCCUCUUAAGGGAUUGGGUUGUCCACUACCGAGUAGGAAGGAGGGCUAUCCAUUCGCGGCCUUACAGGUAUAUCGCGACUGCAAAUCCACUCUUUUUCUUGACUUGUGCCUCAGCUCGUGAGUUCUCUUUCUUAACCUUCAGACAGCUCUCGACACUCACGCCAGCAGUCUUACGUUUGACAAGUCGCACGCCAAGAUGUUCCACCCCGGUUCACCCCCACGAGCGCGCAUCGCGUUUGGCUAAAGGCGUCACGGACCGUUUAACCGCCUCAGGGUUACCCUUUUAGGCUGAACCCCAC